GGAGAAACCCUGUUCGUUUGUGACGAAGUUACCCCACGCUUUGAGGCGCAUCUCAUUGCUACCCCGGAUUUUCCCUUUUCGGGGACAAGGCCUAUAAAGACGCAAGGAGGGCUCUUUGGUCCUGGAAAUCCUCCAUUUAACACCUCUUCUGCGACUCUUGGAGCGUCUCUCUGGCUGCGACGGCCCAUCUUUUACUCUAGAGCUCUUCGCGAUCGCAUAUACACAACAUGGGAUUCAUCCAUAAGUCGCAGCCGAAUCCAGCUGCCUCUGACAGGAGGGUCAGUGAGGAAGACAAAAAAUUCGAGGCAAUUCAGCUUGAAAAUGUCGCGACCACUCAGGAUUCGGCGCACCGAGAGGCCGUCGACCCUUUGGCGGAGAAAAAGGUUGUGCGAAAAAUGGAUUGGCGGAUACCUCCAUUACUUGGCGCACUAUAUCUUCUCUCGUUUUUGGAUCGUUCAAACAUAGGGAACGCUCGAAUUGCCGGCAUGGAAGACGAUUUAUCGCUUACGGGCGAUAGAUACGAUUGGCUGUUGACCAUUUUCUACAUAUCGUAUAUUGUUUUUGAAUUCCAAACCAUGAUGUGGAAAAUCCUGCCUCCGCAUAUUUGGGCCGGUAUUACAAUUUUGGCAUGGGGUCUCAUAGCAACACUCCAAUCCACGGUGCAAAACUGGCAAGGACUUAUGGCCUGUCGAUUUUUCCUCGGUUUGGCAGAAGCUGGAUUUGGACCUGGCGUUCCAUACCUGCUGUCUUUCUUCUAUUUGCGCAAAGAGCUCGGUCUUCGGGUUGGCAUGUUCCUUUCCGCUGCUCCACUAGCCAAUUGUUUUGCUGGCGCCCUGGCAUACGGAAUUACAUCGGGCCAUUCGAAGCUUGCCAAUUGGCGACUUCUCUUCCUCGUUGAAGGAAUUCCCACAAUUCUCAUGGCCCCUGUGGCGUACUUUUUCCUUCCCGACUCGCCCGACAAGGCGCGUUUUCUCACCACUGAGGAAAAGCAAAUUGCCAAAGAGCGAGGAGUCAGACAAGUUGGUGCGACCGAACGUGUAGGUGGCGUCAACUUUAAAGAGAUUGGGCUUGCCUUGGUUGAUGUGAAGUGCUGGUUCACAGCUCUCAUGUACUUUAGCUGCAACGUCAGCUUCUCUUCUCUUCCAGUCUUCCUCCCAACCAUUCUGAGCCAGAUGGGCUUCACCAAAAUCGACGCACAAGGUCUUACCGCACCUCCAUACUUUCUCUCUUUUCUCAUCACCAUUUUCUCCACCUGGGUCGCAGACAGGACUAAACAGCGCGGCAUCACCAUCAUACUGCUUUCGUGCAUCGGUGGAGUCGGAUAUAUUAUCCUUGGAUCGACACGCACGACGGGACCUCGGUAUUUUGGCGUCUUUCUCGCCGCAGCGGGAAUUUUCCCCGCCAUUGCAAACAUUAUUCCAUGGGUCUUGAAUAACCAGGGCUCCGACAACCGACGCGGCGCAGGAAUCGUGCUCCUCAAUCUCGUAGGCCAGUGUGGCCCAUUGCUUGGCACCAGAUUGUAUCCCACAUCUGAGGCGCCGAAUUAUGAAAAAGGCCACUACGUCUGCGCGGCGUUUAUGUUUUUCACCGGCCUUUUGGCGCUUGGCCUGAGGACUCUGCUGUGGUGGGAAAACCGCAAGCUGGAUCGUACCCACGGUGCCCUGCCCCCUCCCCCGGCACAUGACACCGAGACGGGCACAAAGACUGCUGUUGCACAGGAGAAUUAUGGUCCUACUUUCCGAUUUGUUUUGUAGCUGGAUCAAUCUUUCCAUGAUCUCUUUCUACGAUUUUCUUUUCCUGGCUUUUAUUUAUUCUUUGUAUUAGGUGGACAUUUCUUUUUCUUCUUGGAUUUUCCUUCAUCUCUUUUCGGUUGGUUAACGCGCUUUUAUAGCGCUUCAUUCGGGGUACCUUGUCCUACGGAUAUUUUUCUGGGAUUUGUUCUGAUACCUUGAAUGACACGAAUGCAUUUUCUGUGACGAAAUUAGGUUGCAUACCACUUAUGAAACGGGGAGUUUCACGGGGCCGGCAUUGCUGGAAUCGGACAUGGGAUACGAUCCUACGGGAUCGCGGAUUAUUUGAACUGCUUGAUAUGCAACGUCUACGAUUCCUGCGUCGUUGGUGGGGGAUUUACUCUUUUUUUUUUUGCUUUUACCUUGUGUACUAUUCGCUCCUACAGUCCUACUUUAUUUCUCAAACUGUAUUACUAUAAAUUGAUAAGUUUACAAGUAAACAAAUACUUUUGACCCGACU